GUGGCUCACGGAGGCAUCAUGGCGGGGGACGGUGGGGACGUGAUGGACGCCUUCCUGGACAAGUUCAAGAGCCAGGCCUACCGGGGCGGCUUCCGCCCGGACGCGUGGGAGGAGGAGUUCGAAAAGAUCCCGAUGUUCAUGAAGAAGCCACCCUCCGAGAUCGACCCCACCCAGCACCCCGACUUGGCCUGCCUGCAGUCCAUGAUCUUUGACGACGAGAAGCCUCCCGAAGAACAAGCCAAAAUGUACAAGGAUGAAGGCAAUGACUACUUUAAGGAUAAGGCCUACCAGAAAGCAUCAACUUCAUACUCCGAGGGGUUGAAGAAGAGCUGCGAUCCAGACCUGAGAGCUGUCUUGUAUACCAACCGGGCAGCUGCACAGUUCCACCUUGGCAACCUGCGUUCAGCCCUCAACGAUGUCUCUGCCGCCCGGAAGCUCAGGCCCAGCCACUUGAAAGCCAUCGUGAGAGGAGCCCUGUGUCACCUGGAAUUGAAGAACUUUGCUGAGGCGGUCAGCUGGUGCCAGGAGGGACUGAAGCUGGACUCCACAGAGAAGAAGCUUUUGGAAGUGAGAGCCAAAGCCGACAGGUUACAGCGGGCUGGUCAGCGGGAUGCCCGGAAAGCCAAGCUGAAGGAGCAGAAAGCACACGUGCAGAGGGAGGCCCUGCUCAGAGCCAUCCAGGAACGGGACAUCAAGCUACUGCCCCCAGCCCCUGGCGAGAAGGAGGACGAUGAGGAGGAGGAGGAGGAGGGGAGCAGCUUGGACGUCGGGCCUAUCCCAGGGGCCACGGUCAGCCUAGGUGAGGAUAACCGGCUGACCUGGCCCGUGCUGUUCCUCUACCCGGAGCACGCACAGACAGACUUCAUCUCCGCCUUCCACGAGGACUCCAGGUUCAUCGACCACCUGGCCGUGAUGUUUGCCGGGGAGCCGCCUCCAUGGGACUUGCAGCAGAAGUACCAGCCCAGCCAGUUGGAGCUGUACUUUGAGGAUGACCAGAGGGGAGAGAUAUACCAGUUGGACGUGGGCAGCUCCCUGCUCCAGGCUCUACAGCACCCAAGGUACUGGGUCAAAGCGGCCACCCCUGCGUUCCUGGUUCUGGUGCGGCGUUCCCCUUUCUGCCAGAACUACUUGCGGGGCAAGAAGGUGCACCAGCCAGCAUGACCGCGGCCCAGGCCUCGGGCAGCAUCUUCCCCACCCAUCUCUGGCGGCCAGCCUAGCGCCUCGGAGGCUGGAAAGUGACCAGGGCAGCAGUACACAAGACGCUGCCUUGCCCUGGGCCUCUUCCCACCUCAUCUUUGUGCCUGAUGGUCCCCUCGCCGGCCCGCUGCCCCGGCCCGGCAAACCAGACUUCUGUUAACCGGUCACUCCCCUCUUGGUCACAUGGGCCCAGCAGGUGCCCAUGGAGAGAGUGCCCUGUUGGCUGCUGUAGCACAGCCACACUGCCACAGAUGAUCAGGUGGCAGGGAAGACCACAUAGGAGCCGGGCUUGACCCUGCUGCUCAUUCCUAAAGCGAUGCAGGCCAGCCCCACUGCCCCACACCGGGAGGACACUGGAGCUGGAUGGGCAAUUGGUCACACUGGACCCCAGAGACGGCACUGUGCCCGAAGCUGUCGCCCUUUGCCAGGUUAGUUUAUCUCGCUGUGAGCCAGCAAAGGGCCCGAGCCAUUAUUAAAAUGGAUUUUA